GAGCCGAACAGUUCCAAAAUGAGUCAACGACAAGUAUUACAAGUGUUUGAGCAAUACCAGAAGGCAAGGACACAAUUUGUCCAGACAGUAGCAGAGUUGGCAAGCAGACCACAGAACAUUGAAACACUUCAGAAUGCUGGUGUUAUGUCACUUCUGCGGCCACUUUUGUUGGACAUUGUACCAACCAUCCAACAGACUGCUGCUUUGGCACUAGGGCGUCUGGCAAACUACAAUGAUGACUUGGCAGAAGCUGUGGUUAAAGGCGAUAUUCUUCCCCAGCUUGUCUACUCCCUAGCUGAGCAAAAUAGAUUCUAUAAGAAGGCAGCUGCAUUUGUGCUGAGAGCCGUAGCUAAGCACUCUCCCCAAUUGGCUCAGUCUGUGGUAGAUUGUGGCGCGCUAGAUGCCCUUGUUAUCUGUCUGGAGGAAUUUGAUCCCGGUGUAAAGGAGGCUGCAGCCUGGGCAUUAGGUUAUAUAGCCAGGCAUAAUGCAGAGCUUGCCCAGGCUGUGGUUGAUGCUGGAGCAGUCCCAUUGCUGGUCCUCUGUAUACAGGAACCGGAAUUGUCCCUGAAACGCAUCGCUGCUUCUGCUCUCAGUGAUAUCUGCAAACAUUCUCCUGAGCUUGCCCAGACUGUUGUGGAUGCUGGAGCCAUAGCUCACUUAGCUCAAAUGAUUCUCAACCCAGAUGCUAAGCUGAAGAGACAAGUUUUCUCCGCUCUGAGUCAGAUCUCCAAACAUUCUGUUGAUUUGGCUGAGAUGGUUGUCGAGGCAGAAAUCUUCCCAGCUGUGCUCACCUGCUUGAAAGAUCCAGAUGAAUAUGUCAAGAAGAAUGUCGCCACCCUUAUCAGAGAAAUAGCAAAACACACUCCAGAGCUUGCCCAGUUGAUUGUGAAUGCUGGUGGAGUUGCUGCGGUGGUAGACUAUGUUGGAGAAUGCAGAGGUAACAUUAGACUACCUGGUAUCAUGAUGUUGGGAUAUGUAGCCGCUCACUCAGAAAAUCUAGCAAUGGCUGUUAUUGUUUCUAAGGGUGUUGUGCAAUUAGCUAUUGCUUUAUCAGAAGAAACAGAGGACCACAUUCAGGCAGCUGCUGCAUGGGCACUAGGACAGAUAGGUCGCCAUACUCCAGAACACUCUAAAGCAGUUGCUGUCGCUAAUGUCCUCCCCAAACUUCUCCAAUGUUACCUCCGCGCCGAAUCCUCUGAAGACUUACAGACAAAGAGUAAGAAAGCUCUAAAGAACAUUUUACAAAAAUGCGUACACUUAGCCGCCCUGGAACCACUCUUGCAUGAUGCCCCUCCCAACAUUCUCAAACAUGUUGUCGGACAGUUCAGCAAAGUUCUCCCACACGAUUCCAAAGCCAGACGAUUAUUUGUUACUAGUGGUGGCCUGAAGAAAAUUCAAGAAAUCAAAGCCGAACCAGGAUCAGCUCUCGCUGAAUACAACAACACGAUCAACAACUGUUACCCAGAAGAAAUUGUCAAAUAUUACUCCCCAGGAUACUCCGAUGCCUUGUUGGAAAGAGUGGAAAAUUUUGCACCCAAAUCUUAGACUGUUGGUUAUUGUCUAUUUACAUCUUUAUUAUCAUGUUAAU